AUGUGUGAGUCGUCCGCACUUUCACAGAGACGAUUGGAUCCAAUUCUCAUGGGCAUGAAGCCUGAUUUCACUGUUAGAACGGCGAAUCCUAACAAACAUGUAGAGUUGCUUAUCGGUGAAGUCAAAUCACCAAACACGAGAGAUGCCCUCGUUUCAGAAGAUCUUGUUUGUCUUGGCAAAAUGAUGAUAAUCAAGCUAUAUAUGUGGCUUACAAGUAGUUGGAUUCCUGGGAAGAGCUUAUGUAAUGGACCUCCGUUUCGAUGGAAUUUAUCGCAUGAUCCUAAUUG